CCCUGGGCUGGGCACGCUGCGCCUCUGACAUCAGGAUAGGGACUCCCUAAAAGAAAGGAGUGUCAACUUGAGUUCAUUGCCUACUUCGAAGGCGCGCGAUUGUUUGGCGAAUGAAAGCGCUCGUGACCUGUUGUGAGCUACCUUGCUGCCAUUCGCUGACAAACUACACUGUAAAGUGCACGAUUUACAGUCAAAAUGGAAGAGACCUCACAACAAACCUUACACAUGGUUUUACUUUACUGAAGGAACUGAACUCGCAGAGAAGAAUAGGACAGUUUUGUGACUGUGUUAUACAACUGCACAGCCAUCCUGGAAAACUGUUCUUGGCGCAUAAGAGCGUGCUUGCUGCGUUCAGUCCGGUCCUCGAUUCUCUUCUUCCGCGCCACGGCACACUGAUGGAGUUAGACUUACCCUGCCUCACUCCCGAAACCUUGGAUAAUCUAAAUCCACAGAGCCAAGAAGAGUCAGUGCGCACGGAAGCUUUUUGCCUGCAAAUGGAGCAACUGCAGCAGACCCUGAAGUGCAGGGAAAAAGCAACAGGGGAGAUCACAGUCCCUGUUCAGGGUAAACUCAGUCAAAAGAGAAGAUUUAUAGACUGUCAGUCUCUCAAUGAAAACCUUCCAGUCUCAGACCGAGCUGCACCAUCCUCCCCAACUUACGAAGUUGUUCCAGUCAUACGCCAUGUCAGGACAUCAGGAAAUGACAAGCGUUCACCACAAAGCCACUCGCGCAAUUGGCAUACCACCCUUGAUGCCGAGUGGCUUUUGCACGCUGAGGAACCUUCUCACCAUGGCAACCCCCAUGGCGUUCGUGUAUUAGAAAGUAGCUCUUCACAUUUGAAGCAAGACAAGAUCCUGCCAAUUCUGUAAGAGAGUUCACCAAACAACCUGCCGAGUGUGGUCAAUGAGCACGUCGAUUGUCAGUCUGGUAAGAGUGAACAGCUUCAGUCCAUGGUGUUUGAGAAUGCCUCUCAUACUGCCACUUGUCUCCGCCAAAACACCAACAAUAAAGAUCACUGCAUGGAGAGUGCUUAUACAACCACUAAAGAUUUAACUCCUGGCACUAAAUGCCAUCAGUCCAGUAAUCAAAGUUGUCCUCAGGUUUACAGGUGUGCUAGCAGUGGCAAUAGUAGAUGUGUUUCAGAUAUCAGGUCCUUUAAUACUUUCGAUUCAGGAAAAGGUGACCAACUUGUGGAAAUGUUCUCUAAUGCCUUUAAUGAUAAGACCUCAUGCAAUAUCUCUGGCAUGGGACCUACAGAUGGAUUUCAUUGUUGUGGUCAAUUUACCACAAAUUACUGUGAUGUCCCUUUGUGCUUGAAAAAUUCUAGUAGUGCUGACACUAGUGAUAUGAUGUGUGAAAAAAGAACUUCGGACCAAGAUGUGUGGCCUGAAGUCAACCAACUACAUACACAAAAAUCCAUGACUGAACAAAAGCCAUCAGAAAUGGGAACCACAGAAAAGAGUGCUGUGCAGAAAAACUUUGAAAGUGUCAACCAGGCUGAAAGCUACAAACUCUCCAUCCCAGGGAGAAAUGACACGAGUGUGUAUCAAGGUCAGGUGCGUUACCAUUGCUUCUUGGAGCGCCUGCACCCCUCUUCUGACUCAAGUGGCUUGGACGGUGAGCGACCACUCCCGCUCCCUGACCGCUGCAUCAGCCUGGAGGUGCUAUGCCAGCGCGCAAAGCCCCGCCCCUUCCAGUGCUCACUGUGCAAGCGGCCGUUUAGCCAGAGGGGCUAAACCGGCACGUACGUUCGCACCUGGGCGUGCGGCCAUACUCCUGCCCCCGCUGCACCAUGACCUUUUCCAGGCAGUACCGGGUCACAGAACACAUGCGUGUGCACCUGAGGAACUACGACACGCCGUCCACAGGCCACCUGAGCUUUGGCGACAUGCAGGUGGAUGUCUGAUGGAUGGGCUCGGCUCAAUUUAGCUCACAUGUAUUUGCACUAAGAUGUGCCAGUAGGUGGGGGUAGGCAUAUACUUAGAGCUAUGUGUCUCAUUGUAACCAUGAUGGUAUGUGUUUAAAUCUUGGUCUAAUUCAGGUUCACUAUGCGGCAUUGAAGGUAAAUGCUAAAGCUGUGGAAGGUGGCAGAAUAAACUUAUUCCUCACUGAUCACACUGGAAGAAAAAGAGAAUAAGGCAUGGUUGAAUACAUUAGAUCAGACCACAAGUGUUCAAAUUAGUACAUUAGUGUCUCAGAUGUUUAGUACACUGUUAAAGUAAAUUCAUGUGGAAUUUAUGUUCACAAUUCAAAUGAUUAAAUUGUCUGGAUGCUCUUUUUUGCAUUAAAUCUGGGGUAAACACUGAAUCUUUGAAAAAGACCCCUAACAAUAUAGAAGCCAGUGGGCACAAUGAUUUCAUUAUGCAUGCACAUUCUAUAACGUUUGAGUGCCUGCUAUUGUGCUUGAAUUAUUUGAUAAAGCAUAGAAAAAUAAUUUUAAUUCUGAUUUGUUACUAGCAUUAACUGUCACUACUUAUCAGUCAAUUUACAUUUGCACAUCCCUUUGAAAUGUCCUCAUUUGGGUCAAUUUGAGCAAAUUUGAAAUACAACACAAUUUUAAACAAAUAUUGAUUUAUUUAGUUAUUUUAACUUUACAGGGGCUUUCAUAACCCAAUGACAUAGUCAGCAUCAGUCUACAACACAGCAAAGCAGUGUCUGACAUUUAAAAGACUGCUGUGUGUAUCAGAGACUGGUGUAGUGUGAUGGUAUUCCAGUUGGUGGUAAUCAAACACUGGUUGUUUUGCCAUGCAUACACAGUAAGAUUCUUAUGAAAAACAAGAUUAUAGUAUGAAAAAUAUUUUGUUUUAACAUGCCAAGCCAAAGAUAUUUUAUGUAGGGUAAAUGUGAAUUUAGAGUUUCAAAGCAAGUAUUCUUAACACUGUUGGGCAUUAACAAUUGUUCCUUCUCAUUUCUGUAAUAAUAAAAAAAAUAAUAAUAAUAAUAAUAAUUAAAAAAAAUAAUAGCAAA